AUGUGCAUCUUGAAAGUCACUUGGAUUUGCAAGACAAUGGAAUACGUAUGCGUGAAGAAGAUGUUGGCAAUGAUGUAUGAUGGAAAGGUGUUUCAAGCAUAUGAUUAUGGCACUAAGGAAAAGAACUAUAACCAGGCUGAGGUUGAGCGAAGUAAGAAAAGUGUCAUCAAAGGUAUUAUGACUUCUCCUGUAUACAAGUUAGAAGAUAUAAAAAUACCCAUUGCACUCUGGUCUGGUGGAAAUGACUUACUUGUGAACAUAAAAGACGUCCACGAAUUAAUAGCACGGCUAAGUAAUGUCAUGCCAUUCAGGAACAACAUGUUCCUGAACGGGAUGAAGAUGAGGAGUUUCAUCAUCAUGGCUUGUUUAUGCCAUGGACUGCUCAGCUUGGAAGAACUGGGAACUUCAGAAAGACUUGACACUAAUUCCAACGCGAACCCUGAGUGUUUUAUGAAUAUCAGUGAAAUUAUCCAUUUUCAUAACUAUCCAAGUGAGGAAUAUCGUGUUGAAACAGAAGAUGGAUAUAUACUUACCAUUAACAGAAUACCAUAUGGAAGGUAUAAUGGCGAAAAUAAAGCUCCAAGACCUGCUGUGUUUUUGGCACAUAGCUGCCUUGGAGAUGGUUCCCACUGGAUUUCUAACCAGCCCCACAACAGUUUUGGUUUCAUAUUAGCAGAUAACGGUUAUGAUGUUUGGCUUGGAAAUAGCAGAGGAAACACCUGGUCUUCGAAUCAUAAGACACUGAAACCAUGGCAGGAGGAAUUCUGGAGCUUUAGUUUCCAUGAGAUGGGAUACUAUGACAUUCCAGCCGUCAUAAACUUUAUCCUGAACAAAACCAAACAGCCGCAGCUUUAUUAUGUGGGCCAUUCAGAAGGCACAACUGCUGGUUUUAUCUCAUUCUUCUUGGCCAAACUGGCUGAAAAAAUCAAGGUCUUUUUUGGAAUGGGACCGGCAGCCGCAGUAAAAUAUACUACAUGUCCUGUACUGAACAUCUUUUUCAAUCGUCUGGUAAUAAAGGAGGCCUUGAUCAUGGUGCCCCUGGAGAAAAAAACACGAAGAAUGGUUGCGGGAAUUGGGUAUGGCCAGUGUAGAGAAAAGGAGGUCUAG